UACGUGACUGCUUAUACAAGUCCAAACUACAGACACGAAAGUCGGUUUUACCGCAGUUUUGACCAUCACCAACUACUGUUUUGUAAAAUGGCUGAAGAAGAAGCACUCCGCGCUGCCGAAUUAAGAAAGAAAAGAACUUUCCGUACUUUCGCCUACCGCGGUGUUGAGCUCGAGAAGCUCUUGGACCUUUCUGCUGAGGAAUUGAUUGAAUUGUUCCCUGCUCGUCUUCGCCGUCGUAUGCUCCGUGGUCUUGGAGCUGGUGCUUCUCGCUUCAUCAAGAAGCUCCGUCAAGCCAAGGCUGAGGCUCCCUUGAACGAGAAGCCUGCCGUUGUCAAGACUCAUUUGCGUUCCAUGAUUGUCCUUCCUGAAAUGGUUGGCUCUCUUGUCGGUAUCUACAACGGUAAGCUUUUCAACCAAGUUGAAAUCCGUCCUGAAAUGAUUGGCCAUUACUUGGGUGAAUUCUCCAUCUCUUACAAGCCCACCAGACACGGUCGCCCUGGUAUUGGUGCUACUAACAGCUCUCGUUUCAUUCCUCUUAAGUAAGGAAAUCGAAAAGAGCAUAUGCGAAAACGCGGAAAAAGCUGGAUAUAUGGUUGGUUAUGUUCAAGCUCUUGCUUCCUAUAUACAUCUUUCCAUGUUUUUGUAUAUUCGCAUAAAAAUAUUUCCCUUUUCUAUGAAAUGGUAAAGUUGGCUCAGG